GUGAUAAAUUUGCGUCUCGGCUCUCGCACAGAACAGUGCAUUGGGAGAGGACAGUCUUAAACUUUUUGAGACUGUUUUGUUUUGCUUCCCUGAAGCCACGUCUAAGGCAUGCCGUCCUGGACUCGAACCGUGGAUGCCAAAUAUGGUGUUGCCGUGUGGAAUUUCAAAGGGACUCAUGAGCAUCAUAUCCCUCUCCAAAUCGGAGAUACGGUCAAUAUCCUCCAAGCAUGUGAAGGUUGGUACAGAGGGUAUUCCUUGAAGAACAGAUCUGUUACAGGAAUAUUUCCUGCCUCAGUCAUUCACAUCAAGAAUGCAGCUGUUGAGAUCAGAGGUAAUCAGGAGAACAUUGUCUCGAAGGAGAUGCCCCUGGUACAAGAAAUCACAACCACCUUGAGGGAAUGGUCCAACAUCUGGAAACAGCUGUACAUGACCGGUCAGAUUUCCAAGUUUCGGCAAGUUACCUCAAUGAUGUGUGACUUAAUGGACAGGAGAUCCCAACUUCUGUCAGGAACACUGCCACAGGAUGAACUCAAGGAACUGAAGCAAGAAGUCACCACAAAAAUAGACUUUGGCAACAAGAUGCUGGAACUGGAUCUUGUGGUUAGAGACGAGAAUGGAAAUAUUCUUGACCCGGAUCAGACAAGUAUCAUCAGUUUAUUCCGAGCGCACAAGAAAGCUACCCAUCACAUCACAGAAUUAAUGAGGGAGGAGACGUUUCAGAACCAGAGUGAAUACAAUCGGUUUGCUCGCUUAACCUCUUCGCCCACCAAUGCUCUGUUCAUUUGGGUCCGCAAUUUUGUCUGUAAAAUUGGAGAGGAAGCUGAGCUCUUCAUCUCUCUAUAUGACCCCCACGAGCAGAAGAUAAUCAGUGAAAACUAUUUAUUCCGCUGGGCAAGCACUGGCCUACCAAAGGAGAUUGAGAUGCUGAAUAAUCUAAAAGUUGUGUUCACGGAUCUAGGAAGCAAAGACUUAAAUCGGGAGAGGAUUUACUUAGUGUGUCAGAUAGUCCGGGUCGGGAGAAUGGAGCUGAAGGAAACUAAUGCCAAGAAGAUGACUCAAGGUUUGAGAAGGCCAUUUGGAGUUUCAGUGAUGGACAUUACCGAUAUUUUGAAAGGCAAAGCAGAAAGCGAUGAGGACAAACACCAUUUUAUUCCCUUUCAACAAGUUGCAGCUGAAAACGAUUUCCUCCACACUUUAAUCCAUAAGGUCGUAGCUGCCAAAGACAUAAACCACAAAGGACAAGGCCUCUGGGUCUCUAUGAAAUUGUUAUCCGGGGAUCUGAAGCAGAUUCGAAAGAACCAUCCUCACCUGGUGGACAGAAACACUGUGGUCGCAAGGAAAAUGGGGUUUCCCGAGAUCAUCAUGCCAGGCGAUGUCCGCAAUGAUAUUUACGUCACUCUGGUCCAAGGAGAAUUUGAUAAACAGAACAAGACCACCCAGAAGAACGUUGAGGUCACGAUGUGUGUCUGUGAUGAGAAAGGAGAUGUUAUUCCGAAUGCCAUAUGCCAAGGGGCCGGAGAUAAACCUGUCACUUAUUACCAAUCCGUCGUUUACUACCAGCUCAAGCAACAACGCUGGAUGGAGACUGUCAAGGUCACUAUUCCUAUUGAAGAUGUUCAGAGGACUCACCUUCGCUUCACAUUUAAACACAGAUCAUCUGCUGAAUCGAGAGAUAAAGGAGAGAAAAUAUUUGCUAUGGCAUACGUGAAACUAAUGAAACCUGAUGGAACAACCCUGCGAGAUGGAGAGCAUGACCUCAUCUUGUAUAAGGGCGACAGCAGGAAACUGGAAGAAGCCACCAUCUACCUGAACAAUAUGUCUAGUAAACAGAUGGCUGAUCCCAAGCUGAAUCUGGGUUCUUCGUUCAGGAGCAGCAGCAGUGGGCUCCCCAUAUGCUCAAGGGACAGCUUCCAGAUUUCCACACUCGUCUGUUCAACGAAACUCACACAGAACGUGGAUCUCUUGGGCUUGUUGAAAUGGCGUUCCAAUACUGAUACACUCAACGAGAAUCUGAAAAAGCUGAUGAAGGUCGAUGGAGGGGAAGUCGUAAAGUUCCUUCAAGAUACACUGGAUGCUCUCUUCAGUAUCAUGAUGGAGUUUUCAAACAACGACACGUAUGAUAAACUGGUGUUUGAUGCCUUGGUGUUUCUUAUUGGCCUGAUAGCAGACAGGAAAUUCCAACACUUCAACGCUGUCCUUGAAGCUUAUAUCCGGCAGCACUUCAGCGCCACCUUGGCUUAUAAGAAACUAUUGUCUGUGCUAACAGACUACGUUGACAUUGCAAGCCGUGGUUUGGAAUGUGAGCCUCUGAAGCGAGCCUUCAAAGCAUUAGAAUACAUCUUUAAGUUCACAGUCCGAUCAAGAUGCCUUUACUCACAGCUGUAUGAAGGCAAAGAAAAGAAAGAGUUUGAAGAAUCAGUGAAAACACUGUUUGAGAAAUUUAAUGCCCUGAUGGAGUCAGACAUGGAAGGCAAUACUUUACUUAUGCAGGGAGCAUCUCUGAAAUACUUGCCGACAGUCUUGCAGGAUGUUGCCUCCAUAUUUGAUCCAGUCUUGCUGAGCCGCCUGUUGCACAGUUUCAUCAUGAACCUUCUUCCAGAUCGGCUGGUGAAGCAGAAACUGCAGUCAAUGACUGCUAUCGUCAACACCGAACUCUUUCAAAGAGAAGAAUGUCGAGCUAUCCUGUUGUCAAUAAUGACCACCACAUUGAAGGACCUGAUUCAGAAAAGGGAAGAGGAAGAGGCUUGCGUCGAGUUGCUCAGCAACAUUCUGGAAGUUCUCUAUCAGCGGAACGUGGGAAACACUAGUCAGGAUAUUCAGGACAUCAUGGACAAGCUGCUUCGGACUGUCAACCAGGUGGUUAUCAUGCUCGGAAGAGAUCACAGCCUCAUCAGUAAUUUUGUGGCCUGUAUGACAGCUAUUCUCAGCCAGAUGGAGUACGCACAUUAUGCCAGCUACAUCAAUUCCUUCCAGACACGUCAAGAUCUCAUGGACUUCCUAAUGGAGAUCUUCAUCAUGUUCAAAGACCUUAUUGGCAAGAACGUGUAUCUUCCUGACUGGAUGGUGAUGAGUAUGGUGCAGAACAGGGUUUUCCUCCGAGCUAUCAACCACUAUGCAGAGACAUUGAAUAAAAUGUUUUUGAACAGCGCAAGCUUUGAGCUCCAGCUUUGGAACAAUUAUUUUCACCUCACCGUGGCCUUCCUAACACAGGAAUCUUUGCAACUGGAGAACUUCUCAAAUGCUAAGCGUACAGCUAUCAUAUGCAAGUACGGAGACAUGAGAGGUGUGAUCGGGGCUGCAAUCCGGGACAUGUGGUACAGUCUUGGCCAGCACAAGAUCCGCUUUAUUCCAGGAAUGGUGGGCCCAAUCCUGGAGAUGACACUUGUCCCCGAGGUAGAACUCCGCAAGUCUACAAUCCCCAUUUUCUUCGACAUGAUGCAGUGCGAGUUCCAGUAUAAGGGGAAUUUCAGAACGUUUGAGGAUGAAAUUAUCAAAAACCUGGACCAUGAAGUGGAAGGCGGCCGAGGAGAUGAGGAAUACAAGGAUCUCUUUAAAGAUAUCCUAUUGAAACACUGCAAAAUAUAUCACCACCUGGAAAAGCAAGGUGAAGUGUUUGUUGCCUUGGUAACUGGCCUGCUGGAAAGGCUGCUGGACUACAGGACUGUAAUGAAUGAUGAAAACCAGGCCCACAGCAUGAGCUGCACUGUAAAUCUGUUGAAUUUCUACAAGGACAUUGACCGAGAAGAGAUGUAUAUACGGUACAUGUAUAAACUUCGGGAUUUGCACAUCUUUUAUGAGAAUUUCACAGAAGCGGCCUACACUCUCCUCCUGCAUGCCAAGUUGCUGAAGUGGACCGAUGACCCAUUUGCCUCACAUAUCCAGGAUUUCCAAGGCUUUCAGACACAGCGGCAACUGAAGGAGAACUUGUACAAUAAAAUCAUCGAAUACUUUGACAAGGGCAAGAUGUGGGAAGAAGCCAUUCAUCUCUGCAAGGAGCUGGCAGAACAGUACGAGAUGGAGAUCUUUGAUUAUGAACUACUGAGUGAGACCCUGCAACGGCAAGCCAAGUUCUAUGAAAAAAUCAUGAAAGUGCUGAGGCCCAAGCCUGACUACUUUGCAAUCGGUUACUAUGGACAAGGCUUCCCAACCUUCAUCCGGAACAAGGUCUUCAUUCACCGGGGAAAGGACUACGAACGGAGGGAGGAUUUCGAACAGAUGCUGCUGACACAGUUUCCAAAUGCAGAACUGAUGAAAACAACAUCGCCCCCUGGAGAAGAAAUCAAGAACUCUCCCGGACAAUUUGUUCAGUGCUUCACCGUGCAGCCAAUCCUGGGAGAACAGCCACAGUUUCACAACAAGAAUGUCCCGGAGCAGAUUGUGGGAUUCUUCAAAGCUAAUAAUGUUUCAAAAUUCAGCUACUCUAGACCAAUCAGGAGAGGGCCGAAGGACCCAGAGAAUGAAUUUGCUUCCAUGUGGAUUGAGAGGACCACGUUCACUACAGCAUACAAGAUGCCUGGCAUUCUCCGCUGGUUUGAAGUUGUGCAAACAUCAAUGACUUUUAUUAGCCCGUUGGAGAAUGCCAUUGAAACGAUGCAGGCCAGCAAUGAUAAGAUACUAACCAUGAUCAACCAACACCAUAGUGAUCCCAACCUUUCCAUCAACCCUCUCUCUAUGCUUCUGAAUGGAAUUGUGGACCCUGCUGUCAUGGGCGGAUUCACCAAAUAUGAAACAGCAUUCUUCACUGAAAAGUAUACGCGUGAGCACCCAGAAGACAUGGACAACAUAAUGAAGCUAAAGGAUCUCAUUGCAUGGCAGAUCCCAUUGCUGGAGGAAGGGAUCAGAGUUCAUGGGAAGAAGGUCACUGAAGCACUGAAACCUUUCCACGAUCGGAUGGAGGAGUGCUUUACCCAGCUCAAGUCGAAGGUGGAGAAUGAGUAUGGAGUGCGAGACCUGUCCCUUUUUGAGGAGAGGCGAGGAGGAGGAGAUGGGAGAAGUCGCCCUCGCUCCAUGAUCCGAUCAUUUCGGCCAUUGUCCGUGAUCUCCUUGAGUUCCCUGAGUUCUUCAAGCCCUGAUAAAGAAUCACCCAAAGUGCCUGGAGAGAGUGCGUCUGAGCCACCGUUGCCAAAGAAGCAGAGCUCCCGUUCCCAGGAGAAAUCGCUGGACAGUGGGUUGAAAGAUGUUGAGGAGAAGAAGUUCACCAGGAAGGAGAACAGAGUCAGCGGGCUGUUUGCCUCCAGAAAGCUAUCUGUGGCUGCACCUCCUCCUCCUCCAGACAUCACCGAGGAGCCUUUAAGAUUGUCACAGUUGGUCGGCGACACGAGAAUGUUGGAAAGCAAUCCCAAUUCAAAACAGCCUGCUGAUGAAAACACUGCAAGUCCAGCAGGACGACGAGAACUGGAUACAGUGCUCCAGAAGAGGCCUCACCAACAUCCUGUACAACUUCAACAUGAAGCCCCAGCUCCUCUGCUCAAAGGCCUGAGCAGUGAAGGACAGGCCUUUACUGUACUCAAUGGUUAUGGUGGACGGGUAAAGAGUGCCAGGCCUCCACCAUUGCCAAAGAAGAUUAACCCUCUGCUCCUGGAGAGUUUCAGCCAGGAUCAGGGCGAUCCUCUAAGUCCCCCCGUCCACCAGGGGUCAGCGAAUGAGCAGUUCCAGAAUAAGGCUGCUUGUCUGCCAACGCCAGAUGAGACCAAAGGCCCUAAGUCUCCACCGCCUCCUCCACCACCAAAAAACAAGAGACUCGUCACUCCUUCCCACAGCUGACUGCACACUCCCUCCAGACCAGAAGAUGCUUUGCCAACCUCAAAGCAAUGCUCAGGGUGUCCCAUGGUCAGGCUGGUGGACUGUGUUACCUCACAACAGCACCAGUGCGUGACCUCCAUACAUCUGCACCCAUACCCCCCCACCCCCAAGUUUUUGUCGUCGUGUAUUAAAAUUGAUUUCCACACUGUGCUGAGAAGUUUUUUUAAAACAAAUAUACCUGUCUGUUUUCAUUAAGUGUGAGUCAGUCUAACAUCUUUUUGCACUGUACCAAUGCAAAUACUGUGGCUAGAUAACAAAAAGACUGUGAACUCCGGUGGGGAUCGCGAUAAAAAAGGUGUUCUGGAUUGAUGGAUUUUUCUGUGUGAAGGGAAAUGACAGGGAUCA